AUGUCACAUCUCCCAACAGUACAGACCAUUGAAGAUUCAAAAGAAGACCAAAAUUUAAAAGCAACUGUAAAAGAAUCCGCAACAACCUACGAGCUCAUGAUAAAUCAAAUUUAUAGCCUAGAGGAGAGCUUACUCUUCACAGAUGAUCGUAAAGAGAUCUGUGAUGCUUUGAACAAGCACCUCAUAGAUCUGUACAUAAAUCAAGGUUUGCAGUAUUCCUUGAUCCCAUUUGACUCUAUAAGCGUCAAAAAACUUUACUCAGGGAUUUUUGUAUUUGACCUUCCUCCUAUUGCAAUUCCUAUAAAAGAUAAAUUAAAAUCUUACCAAGCUUUUGUUAGCAAAUCAAUAAGUAUCAAUUUAAUAAAGCUUGUAAGAAACGCAAGAAAGCCUCUUCCUCAGCAUUUAAAAAUAAGACAAGACAUUCAAUUUGUAGAGACAAAUAUUUCAUUCAGAGCAAGGCAAAGUGAUAGAUAUCAAACAAUGCCAGUCGCCACUAUGAUGGAUGAUUCAAUGGUUUUCAUGAAGCCCCUAACAACUAAAUAUAAAGUUGAAGGGGUUCCUUUUGAAGGGUUUAUUUAUUGCCAUUUGCAGCAUCCAAAUAUCAUCAGAUGUUAUGGGUAUACUAAGCAUAAUGAUCGCACAUGCUUAGUUUUGCAGCACGUUUCAACCCUUCUUGAAACUUAUGUAAGAGAUAAUAAUUUGAGCCUCCAAAGACGCUUGAACCUUAUCAUUGAAAUUGGGCAUGGCUUGUCCUUUAUGCAUAUGAAAAGUGUGGUGCUUAUGAAUGUCUCGCCAUGGAGCAUUUUUGUUGACUCAAACUACAGGCCGAUUAUUGUGGAUCUCGAAAAUGCUGUUUGUUUAGGGAUGAAGUAUCCUGAGCUGUUAUGCUAUAAAGAAGAAGAUUAUGCUUCCCCAGAAGCAUUAGAUGGAAAAAGAGAUUAUAGCUGCGAUGUCUACUCCUAUGGACUGCUAUGCUAUUUUAUCCUCACAAAACAGCAUUAUGCGAAAACUAAGGAUUUAGACUGCUUGGAGGAAAAUUUCAGGAUUGUAAUUGAAAUGAUGCUAAGUGAAGACCCAUCUGAAAGACCUCAUGCUAAGACAUGCUACCAAGAGUUUGAAUGCAUUUAUAAAGAGCUUACGCAGUAA